AUGGCUCCAAUAAAUGACUUACAAAAAGCGUUUGAUAAAUAUUCAAAAUUUGGUAGAACUCAUGUUCAAUUACACGAUACAGAUGAGUUACGAAUAGGUUCGUUUAAUAUACAAAAGAUGAUGAAAGAUACAGGCAUUGUUGACUCGGAAUAUACAACGCAAUUACUUGAUAAUGAUAUAGCACGAGUACUCGGAAAAUUAACAACGCAUGGUGAUGAAAAAUACCCAACAGGAAUAAAAACAUUCGAAAUAAAUGGUUUCAAAGAUCUUAUUGAUCAGAUAGCUGCAUCAAAAAAUGUUAGUCAUGAUGAAAUAUUAUCUAAAGUGAAUUCUACUGAGGGGCCAAGUUUAACACAUGUUACGGAAACGGCCAAUAAAAAUUUAACGGAUCGUAUGACAGAUACACACCAUUAUACGGGUAUACAUAAAGAACGUUUUGAUGAAGAUGGACAAGGCAAAGGGAAAGAAGGUCGAGUUGACGAAGAAGACAAUAAUGGAUUUGUGCAAGGUUAUAAAGGAAGUGGAUCGUUUGAGAAAACACAUCACUAA